AUGCGUUCUCUGUCGGAGCAGCUGCAGCAGACUCGUACGCAGACGGAGGUGUGUCUGUACUCGGGCGAGCGGCAGGUGGAGGUGUGGGCGGGCGUCAUGGCCAUGGCCAACCUGCCCCUGCCGCCGGGCUCCAAGUAUCACCACAUCACGGCCGAGACGCUGGUGAUCGAGAACAGCGCCGGGAGCAACCGCAAAGAGACCCUGGCGUCGCUGCAGAGGUUGUCCACAGCUCUGAACAUUCUGGAGAAGUACGGCUGUAACCUCACCAACCCCAACAGGCCCAAGUUCUGGAGGACGGUGAAGCACAACAACCCGGUGUUCAGGGCCACGGUCGACGCCAUCCAGGGCGGUCGUGGGGUGCUCUCUCUGUACGGGUACUCUCUCCAGGAGCCAGACGGACUCAGUUUCCCGGAGAACAUCCUGACUCCGGACGUGGGCCGAGUGGCAGCCGUCACUCUGGAGGUGAUGAGCCUCAGGAUGGAGAUCGAGAUGAUCAUCAAGGAGGCCCAUCCACAUCCAGAGUUUUAUGAGAGAAUAAUCCCGACGCUCAGACACAAGGACGUGGGUUUGAACACGGACGUCGUCGGCUCUCAGUUCUCGGCUCAUUCGUCCGGACACAGUAAAUCUCUGGGGUUCCCCUCCAAACACCACUCCUCCAGGGGCCCCUCGCACACAGGGGCCGAGCGGGGGCCCAAGUCCAUGCAGCCCAAGCACCCAGAGAACUGCUCCAUCUGUGGGAUCUUCCGUAUCUCCGUACACUGUGUUUCGUGUCUUCAGGGCCUCUGCUCCGAGUGUGAUAAACUGUACCACAGCGGCGCAGAGCGAGCCGGACACCAGCGCACCAAAGUCACCUCCACGCUGCCCCCUGGAGCCAAGACCAGGAACAGUUCUUCUUCGUGGAAGUGUGCGCUCUGCUCCAAGACCAACUCCAGUCACGAGGUGCUGUGUGAGGAGUGUGAAAGCCCACGGAGAGGCCUCAGCUCUGGGGUGGGAGCCGAGGACAAGCCCCCCUCCUCCAUCACCGAGUGGCAGUGUAAGAGCUGCACCGUGGUGAACGCCGCCAGCAGUGUGUUGUGUGAAGUGUGUGAGCGCCCCCGUCUGGCCACGCGCCCGCCCGUCACCCUGUCGCACCCGCCCAUCCCGCCCCGCCCCCCCGCCCCCGUGCUGGGCAUGCCCGGGGACCCAGACAGCCAGUGGGUGUGUCAGUUCUGCACGUACCUGAACUACUCCCCGGCGACGGUGUGUGAGAUGUGCGACCUGCCGCGCCCGGAGCCGCCGCCGCUGAACCGCCGCCCGCCGUCGCCCGUCAGGAGGGUCCCCGCGCUGUCAAUCAAAUCCAAAGACCCCUCCCCCGAGAGCCAAGAGACGAGACGCCAGAGAAUCCUGAAGGACGAGGGACUCAAACUCAUCCAGCUCAUCCGGGAGGGGGAGAAGAAGGGGAUCAGCCCAGAGGAGGUGUACACCAGCCUCACUCUGUCCCAGGACCCUCAGCCCUGGAGGUGGAUGAAGUCUGACCUGCCCCGAGUCCUGGCCCAGAUCCAGGUCCUCGUCUCCACGGCAACGCUGCAGGACAAGACCCGGAGCAACGCGCAGCACACGGAGCCAAACAAAGAGAAGUGGAGUCUGAGCGACAGGGGGAUCCAGAUCUCUAAAGCCGAGGCGAAGCAGGCGUUUCUGUCAGCAGGGGGCGACGUCCAGCGCGCCGCCACACACGCCCUGAGGGACCGACAGGCCAAGGUGGAUGAGCUGAGUUCUUUGGGUUUCUCUGACGUCUCUCAGGUGCAGGAGGUGCUGACCCAGGCGGGGGGGCAGCUGAGGGGGGCCCUGGCUCUGCUGCAGAGGGCCAUACUGGAGCCUUUUCACGAGAGAAUCUGGAGCGACGACCCGGAGCCUCCUGUGGACGUGCACCACCCCGACAAAGACCGUAUCUGUCGCCGCCUGCUGGCCGUCUACGACCUGCCGAGCUGGGGCCGCUGCGAGCUGGCCCUGUCCCUGCUCCUGGAGAACAGCGCCCCCUACGCUCUGGAGGACGUGGUGCAGGCCGUGAGGGAGUCGCACGACCGAGAGUUUAUCAAGAGGGUCCUGGCCAAAGAGUGCCCCAUCUGCCUGUCUGUAUUUCCACACAGUAAGAUGCAGUCCCUGACGUCGUGCCAGUGCAGUGUUUGCUGUGGUUGUUUCCAGCAGCAUUUCACCAUCGCCGUUCGAGACAAACACAUCAGAGACAUGGUGUGUCCUGUCUGCUGGGAGCCCGACAUCAACGACCCCGAGACCCUCAACAGCUACUUCUCCACUCUGGACAUACAGCUGCGUGAGUGUCUGGAGCCUGAAGUUUAUGAACUGUUUCAUAAAAAACUGACAGAACAGGCUCUGAUCAAAGACCCCAAGUUCCUCUGGUGCUGCCACUGCUCGUACGGCUUCAUUUACGACGGGGACCAGCUCAAAGUCACCUGCUUCCAGUGUCGCAACAGCUUCUGCGCUCAGUGCAAGAAACCGUGGGAGUCUCAGCACGCGGGUCUGACCUGUGAACAGUACCAGACGUGGAAGAGAGAGAACGACCCGGAGUAUCAGAGGCAGGGUCUGGCCGGGUACCUGCGCGACAACGGCAUCACGUGUCCUCACUGCAGGUUCCAGUACGCUCUGUCUAAAGGCGGCUGUAUGCACUUCUGCUGCUCUCAGUGCAGGUACCAGUUCUGCAGCGGCUGCAACAAUCCCUUCCACACCACGUGUGCGGUGGACGAGUGCAGCGUCUCCGGGCUUCACGCUCAUCACCCCAGAGACUGUCUCUUCUACCUCAGGGACUGGGAGCCGUCCAGACUUCAGGCCCUGCUGCAGAAUAAUGGAGUGGCGUUCAACACUGAAGCGCCCCCUGGGACACAGACGGGUCAGUGUGGGGUGCUGGAGCAGAAGGACGAGGGGGGGCAGCAGUCGGACUCGGCCUGUGGGGCUCAGACUCAGCCUGGACACGCUGGACUCUGCGAGAAGCAUUACCGCGAGUACCUGGUGAGUCUGAUCAACAGCAGCUCUCUGGACCCGGCUCCUCUCUUCAACUCCACCGAGCUGCUCCUGGCCUGCAGAAGGUACAAGGUGGACGAGAGCCGCCGAGACGGAGAAGACAACCUCAGCUACUACACCAGACUGCUACAGGUCUGA